UUCUUCUUAUUGUUGUUUCUCAAAUACCCAUUUGUCAAAACCGUUCCUUUUCGUGGUUAAAGCUUCAUCUGAUGUUGAGUCAGAAGCAUCCAAAGAGGUAGAUAUUGACCAACCUUAUGGACUCAAAUUUGUGAAAGGAAGAGAUUAGCUGACAAGGCUUAGGUGCUGUUUUUGGGACCGAAAUUUGGCCAGCCGCGGAAUAUGGAAGAACAAUGUACACAAUUCGCCAAUGAAUAGGCCCGUUACUCAUGAGAAUGCAGAAAAGAUAUGGAAAGAUAGAAACAGGUGGUGAGUUCACUGAGAAGGAGAUCAUCAGAGCUGAAAGGAACUCUGGUGUAGUCAGUAGCAAAGUCAGGGAAAUUCAAAUGCAAAACUACCUAAGGAAAAAGGAACUGAAAGAGCGCCGGGAAAAUGAUUUGAGAGAAGGCUUACGACUAUACAAGAAUGCUAAGUAUGAGGAAGCAUUAGAGAAAUUUGAGUCAGUUUUGGGAACAAAGCCAGAGCCUGAUGAAGCAGCAGUGGCAAGUUAUAAUGUUGCUUGUUGUUACUCUAAGCUGAAUCAGAUUCAAGCGGUACUUUCUACACUUGAAGAAGCUCUAAAAUCUGGUUUUGAAGACUUUAAGAGAAUCAGAACUGAUCCUGACCUUGCAAAUGCAAGGGCAUCCCCGGAAUUCGACCCAUUAUUGAAAAGAUUCGAUGAAUCAUUUAUCAACGAGAACGCCAUCAAUGCCAUCAAAUCAAUUUUUGGAAUAUUUAAUAAGAAAUAACUCCUCUACGUAGACACAAGAAAACAAUCGGUUUAGCUCUAAGGAAUUGAUUGAGCAAUAUGAUUCCAUCACAUUUGAUUUCGCCAUGUAUAUUUUGUAGUUAAUUAUAGGUCUCAAUUUUUUUGUUGCCACCUUUGCAGGAUCAUGUUUUAUGUACUAGUAUGAUAUAUAAGAAACUUAUGAUCAAUAAAAUUGUCCAUUUCCAUCAA